AUACCUUUUGUAUGAUGUAAAUCCCCCUGAAGGGUUUAACCUUCGCAGAGAUGUCUAUAUUCGCAUUGCUUCCCUUCUAAAAACCUUGCUGAAAAGUGAAAACUGGGUGUUAGUUCUGCCUCCUUGGGGACGUCUUUAUCACUGGCAGAGCCCCGACAUCCUUCAGGUCCGGAUCCCCUGGUCUGAGUUCUUCGAUCUCCCAAGCCUCAACCGGAACAUCCCUGUCAUUGAAUAUGAGCAGUUCCUUGCAGAGUCAGGUGGGCCCUUUAUUGAACAAAUUUAUGUCCUACAAGGCUACGCAGAAGGAUGGAAAGAAGGAACAUGGGAAGAAAAAAUAGAUGAAAGGCCAUGCAUUGAUCAGCUUAUGUACUCCAAAGACAAACAUGAUUACUACAGGGGAUGGUUCUGGGGUUACGAGGAAACACGGGGCCUAAACAUUUCUUGUUUGUCUGUCCAAGGAUCUGCCUCUAUUGUGGCUCCCAUCCUUCUGAAGAACACUUCAGCACAGUCAGUGAUGUUAGACAGAGCUGAAAACCUUCUUCAUGACCACUACGGAGGGAAAGAUUAUUGGAAUACCCGUCGGAGUAUGGUGUUUGCUAAACACCUCCGUGUAGUGGGAGAUGAGUUUAGAAACAAAUAUCUUCAAUCUACGGAUGAGGCGGACAGGACUCAUUACAAGGAGGACUGGACACAGAUGAAGGUUAAAAUGGGCACAGCUGUAGGUGGUCCAUACCUUGGGGUUCAUCUCAGAAGGAAAGACUUCGUCUGGGGUCACAGAGAAGACGUGCCUUCCCUACACGGAGCAGUAAAGAAAAUCCACAGUCUCUUGGAGAUGCAUAAACUUGAAAAAGUUUUUGUAGCCACGGAUGCUGUUGAGGAGGAGAUUGAAUUGCUCAAGAAACUGCUGCCUGAGAUGGUGAGGUUUGAACCCUCUUGGGAGGAGUUGGAAAUCUACAAAGAUGGGGGCUUGGCCGUGAUUGACCAGUGGAUCUGCGCACACGCACGGUAUUUUAUAGGCACCUCAGUUUCUACAUUUUCCUUCCGGAUCCAUGAGGAAAGGGAGAUCUUGGGAUUUGAUCCAAAAACAACUUACAACAGAUUUUGUGGUGAAAAAGAGAAAAACUGUGAGCAGCCAACUCACUGGAAAAUUGUAUAUUAAAAUACAGAGAAAUUAAAAGACUUCCAUACUGGUGAACUCAGUGAAGAAUAAGGAAAAACUACGAGGAAAUACCUCCGUUUGAUCAAACUACAACUCAGUCCUCUGUCCUCAGUGUUUCCUUGACACUUGGGUUUUGACGUACAAGCAAUGUUCACCUUCUUAGCCAGGCACUGAUGGGUGUGAGGAAAAUGGAGUCAGCCUGGGCUU